ACACAAGGUAACACAGCCAGGUACUGAAUACGACUCUUCCAUGAUCAUGAGGAGCUUACCCCGUGGCGUGGGAUUGCCAUGGCGUGUAGAGGGGGUUGUGGAACAAUAAGCUAUCUAUGUGUCUGUCGGAUUGUGCCGUGCCGGUGAACCGAUGGCAUGCAUUGGGUAGUUAUGCUGUUGCUAUAGGUAUAGGUAUAGGAUGGAUAGGUAUGCAUAUAGACAAUAUGUUAUGGAAUAGCCACUACAGGGAUGUGUAUAGCUGCUCGAUACCGAGAAGAGAUAAUUUCCGAGUGAUCAGUACUUAGUUGACUGCUACCCUUAUACCUCUACUCACAAGU